AUGAGGCCCCAGCUACAUUACUCUGCGAGCCAGGAGGCCGUCCCUCCGCCACUCCAGAAUUUCUUGAGUCCCGAGUUUGCGCCAGCUCUCACUGUGAUGGAGCAAUUCGAAGCGGACCUUUUGCGCAUGGACGAAGAGCAUCUCCAGCAUCGCGAGCGAGCUACACCCGAAGUCCCAUCCCCAUUCCCUGACGAUGGACUACCAAGCGACUCCACCCUAUUCGGCAGAGUGAGGACAUUGUACCGAAGGUUCUCCAGUUUCUCCCAACGCAGCAGCAGCCGUGCGAGCGACGCCAGUCUCUGA